GGCUUAUUAUCAUUGAAACAAUCAUGAAAUAUUUUUAACGCUCUUUUUUCAUGACUCAACAAGAAAGAUAAAAAAAGCAGCUGGAUAAAAGAAAAAGGAACAAGACAAUAGGAGUCAUUAUAAGGGAAAAUGUUUGUGCUACUACUACUAAUACUUCAUGUCGAAUCAUUCAACGAAUCUUAAUUAUUUAACAUGAGUUUUUAUGGAGAAAAGACAUUAACUUGCAAGAAUUUAUUGGAUUACCUGAAAUCUCUUCCACGGGAAACUUUGGAUAAGUUGUAUAAUCACCCAGCGACAUGUUUAGCCGUAUUCAGGGAGCUUCCAGAGCUAAGUCGUCAUUUCAUAUUAAGGGUGUUUUUUGUGCUCAAACCAAUCCAACACGUGACAGUUGCUUCAUGGAUUCCACCUCAUGAACCUGGCAAAGAUGUUGGUGAUAUUGUUUUGCUGCAUAGACAAAGUGUGCAAGUGUUAAUGGAUAUGUGCAUAUGGCAAGAAGUGAAGGAUGAACUAGGAAAUGCAGCCAUACAACUCAACAAAACUUUCAGAGAGAAUUUCAAGAUUGCAAGCCUUGGAGGGGGGAAGCCUUGGACAAUGUCGGCAACCUUAGAAUCUGAUCCUCAUCAGCGUGACCUUGAUUUCCUGGAAAAGUAUGCAAUGGAUAGAUGGGAAAGUGUCUUGCAAUUUCUAGUUCAGCCUAGACAAGGAGCAACAGCUAUAUCUAGAGAUGCUAUGCGCACACUUCUUCAUGCUGGGCUUAUUGAAAGUGAUGAGUCUGAAUCACCCAACAUGCAGAUAACAAGUUCUGGCUUCCAGUUUUUGUUGUUGGAUACAGCAUCACAAGUUUGGUUUUUCAUUCUAAAGUACCUGGAAACUGUUACUGAACGAGGUCUUAGCCUUGUCGAGUGUCUAACAUUCCUUUUCAAGCUCUCAUUUUCAACUCUAGGCAAGGAUUAUAGCAUGGAAGGAAUGGAUGACAGACUUCUAACGUUUCUUCAACAUUUGCGGGAAUUUGGUCUUGUAUAUUUAAGAAAACGAAGUUCUGGGAGAUUCUACCCAACCAGACUAGCUUUAAAUAUUACUGCUGGGCAAAAUAAGGACCACAUUGAUGCCCCUAAGCAAGGAAAUUUGAUUAUUGAAACAAAUUAUCGAAUAUAUGCCCAUACAACUUCAGAACUGCAAAUUGCUCUUCUCAAUAUUUUUUCAGAAAUAGAAGGAAGAUUUCCUGACAUGAUUGUUGCUACCAUUACUCGUGGCAGUGUACGGUCAGCUCUGCAAAAAGGUAUUGCAGCGGAACAGAUUAUAAGUUUCUUAAGGCAGCAUUGUCAUCCACAAAUGUAUAAACAGCAUUCAGUUGUACCUCGAACCGUUGCAGAUCAGAUCAAGUUGUGGGAGCUAGAAAGAGAGCGUUUAGAAAUCACAGAAGGUGUCUUGUACAAAGAUUUUAUGUCCGUUCAUGACUUUUCCUUGUUAUCAAAUUUUGCAUCCAGCAAAGGGGUGUUGAUAUACUCAGAUGAAAAACAAAGGAAUAUGGUUGUCACUAAAAAGGGUCACCCAUCAAUAAAGCAGUUUUGGAAGGAACAGUCAAAAUGAGCCUUUAAUUAUUAAAUAUUUUUAAAUUAAUAAAUCUUUAAUUCAU